UUUCAGGUUGCCUAUUAGAUGUCCGUCUGAUUGCAAAAAAACAUCAAAAACUGGGUAUAAAAGAAAGUCAAAUUGACCUUCAAUAUUACUGAACAAUUAGAUCAUAACGAUGAGGUUCUUUGUGGUCAUUUUGGUUGCAAUAGUUGUUUUGUUUGAUAUUGCUCAAGCUCAAUGGGGCUUCGGUGGCAUGCCAAUGGGAGGAAUGGGCAUGGGCGGUAUGGGAAUGAUGGGUGGCCCAUAUGGUGGAAUGGGAGGUGGUCCAUAUGGUGGAAUGGGUGGAGGUGGAUGGGGACGACGACGAAUGAUGGGAGGAAUGAUGAAUCCAUAUAUGGGAAUGAUGUAUGGAUGAUAAUUGAGAAGACCGAUAUUUUUAAUUUUGGCGUGAUCUCUUUUUUUCUCAAAUUUUAAUGACAAAUAUAUGCUCCAAAUUUCCUCGAAUAAAUGUUAUUUUUAAAU